GCCGGCUUGUUGCAGAGUGAAUGCAUUUACUGCGUGUUGGUUGGUGGCGGGCGUGGUCCGGCGGCUCCAGCCUGCUUGCUUACCAAGUUGGUGACACAAUAGUUUGCCGCUCGAUUUCCUACCUCUAUUUCUCCCAUUCCUAUUCCUACUACUCUUACUACAAUUAUUGUCAUUUUUGUAAUCUUUACUUUCUAUGUCUACCUUAUCUGUUCCUUUACAAUACUCUUCAAAAAGCUUAAAACCUAGUAAUCAUGAUACAAGAG